CAGUGUUUAGCGUAUGGCUGGGUGUUAUCAUGGUUUCACUAAGUUGCACAGUAUGUAGGACAGAGAUUUCCUGCAGAAAUGAAGCCGGUGAGCCUGUGGAUUGGUUCAUUAUAUACAAACUACCCAAGUAUAUGAUUGGAGAGGUGGGCAGUGGGGUGAACUACAUGUACCUGGACUCCUCUGUGGGGAGCUGGAGGAAGAGUAAAUUUGAAGUCAACACAACCGAAGGGGCCAUAGGGAGUACACUGAGGCAGAUCUACGAAGGACAAGCCUACAAGUCUAACAGCUCCGUCUAUGCCUUCUACAAUGAUGCACCACCAAACCUGGAUUACUUAAAAGGAUACGGGCAUACAAAAGGAGUUCUGCACUUGGACCGCUCACAGGGCUUCUGGCUUUCCCACAGUGUUCCUCAUUUCCCCUCCUUCCCAGAGCAAGGUUACCUUUACCCUUCCUCUGGCAAGGUCAACGGCCAGACAGCUCUGUGUGUGACCUACAGCUAUGGACAGUUCCCCCUUAUCGCCCAUCAGAUGGCAUACCUCUUCCCACGUCUCUAUAACUGCUCGGUGCCAGCUCCCUUCCAGACCGACCUGGCACCGCUGGCCCAGUUGUGUCUGGGCUCCAAACCACCGCUGAUCUCCAAUAAGAGACUUGAACAUCUUAUUUCAGCCCAAGGGGAGAAGUUUGUCAGUUUUGCCAAAUCAGAACACUUUGUUGAUGACAUCUAUGUGGGCUGGGUGGCUCAGGCCCUGGACACCGACCUGCUGGUGGAGAGCUGGCAGAGGAGAGACUACGAGCUCCCCUCCAACUGCUCCCUCCCCAAACACGCCAUGAACGUGAAGCGGCUGCGGCUCCCGGGGCUGGUCCUGUUCAACUCCCACUAUGACCAUUCAAAAUGGUGCGUGUCCCGGGUGUACGAGGACAUGUGGACCUGCCUGGGGGACCUGAACAGGGAGAAAGCCCAGGCUUGGCGGGGGGGAGGUCUGCUCUGCAGUCGCAACCCGCUCAUUUACAAAGCCUUCCGACAACUCGUGGACUGGUACAUUAGCUGCUAGAUGUGUGUGUGUGUGUGUGUGUGUGU